GCCCAGUCAGCGACUCGUCAGAUGAGAAACAUUUGCGACGUUAAAGAUGCUUAUUAGCGCAACAAACGCCACACUGUCUGCCGUUGAUAGCGAGAUGACAGGCGACGGGGAUGCGCGGCGCUCGUUCGGGUAGAUUAAUGAGGUUGUUAGUGCGGAGCGUUGCGGACUUUUGGAGAAAGACCCCCACUCUUCGCGCAUGCGCCUGACUCUUGUAAACAGAGACGCGCACGAGACCAGACGGACAAAAGGCCUCAUGAGCGACGCGCGGCAGGUGACGCGACGCGCACAGGUGUGAAUAUUACAAACGAUGAGCGCGUUAACGGACGCAUUCGGACGCUUGACGAGUUCAACAAACAACAACGCGAGUUUCCCGUUAUUAACGCGCGACUGAAGCGUCCGUUAGCCUGCGGUUUAUUUAGUCAGUGUUUUGGUGUCGUUCUUCGAUCUUUGUCCCGGGAUAAACGGGAUAUGUCAUUCACGAUGGAGGAUACUCUAGAGUCCGGCUGGGUUUCGGUGCGACCGAAUGUUUUUGAGGAGAAAGAAAAGCACAAGUUCGUCUUCAUCGUCGCGUGGAACGACAUCGAGGGAAAGUUCGCCGUCACGUGCCACGACCGAACCGUGCAGAAACGGACCGCGGUGCGGGACUCGCUGCUGCUCGAGGCGGCCGAGGGGGAACUGACCGCGGGCAAACAACAGCGUCCCGCCAGAGACAGGCCUCCGCCGAAGAGUCCGGACCGGGAAUCCAAUUCCAGCAGACCGGUGGCGAGAAGUCCGAGCAAAGCGAGCGGAACCGCCAAGAGUGGCGACAUGGAAGUUCUAGACCCGAUCCCCGGUGUGGCGGAUGAAGUACCGGAGGUCCCGGACGAUCUGGACCCGAAUCUGCGGGAGGACUUCAGCUGGGCCGGACUCUUCUCGUUCCUGGACAUGCGGGCCGUUCACCUGCAGCUGUGCGCCGUCAACUCGGACCUGGAACCGUGUCUGCCCGCCUUCCCCGAGGAGCAGACGGGCGUGUGGUCGGUUCUGUUCGGGGUUCCGGAGAUGAGCGCGCGCGAGAUGGAGGCGCUCUGCUUCCAGCUGCAGGUGUAUCUGGGUCACGCGCUCGACACCUGCGGAUGGAAGAUCCUGUCUCAGAUUCUGUUUCCGGACAACGACGAUUCUGAGGAGUAUUAUGAGAGUUUGAGUGAACUCCGACAGAAGGGAUAUGAAGAUGCGCUCCAGAGGAACAAGAGACACCUGCAAGAGUUGUUGGAGCGUCAGCGUGCUGUGGACAGUAUGGUGGAGCUGCUGCAGUUGUACUCUGAACAGGAUGAAGCGUACAGCGAUCUGGUGGAGGCCACGACUGAACUCUAUCACUAUCUGCUACAACCAUUCAGAGACAUGAGAGAACUCGCCAUGCUGCGCAGACAACAGAUCAAGAUCUCUCUGGAGACGGAGCACUUGGGUCCGCGGCGGGUGGAGUCUCUGCGCCGGGAGGAUGAUGAUUGGCAGAGGAAGGCUCAUACGGCUGUGCUGUCCAUACAGGAUCUGACGGUGAAAUACUUUGAGACCACGGCACGAGCACAGAAGGUGAUGUACGAGCGCAUGCGUGCUGACCAGAGGAAGUUUGGUAAAGCUGCGUGGGGCGCUGCAGUGGAGCGCAUGGAGAAACUACAGUAUGCCGUUUCCAAGGAAACACUACAGCUGAUGCGUGCCAAAGAGAUCUGUUUGGAACAGAGAAAGCAUGGACUCAGAGAGGAGAUGCAGGGUCUGCAGGGUGGAGAUGACGCAAUGGUGCGAUUGGACCAGCUGGAGGCGCUGUACUAUGAGCUUCAACUGCAGCUCUAUGAGAUUCAGUUUGAGAUCCUCAAGUAUGAAGAGCUGCUGUUGACUGCACAGCUGCAGAGUCUGCGCAGACAGAUGAGCGAGAGACAGGAGGAGGUGGUGUACUACGACACAUAUGAGAGCCCUGACGCCAUGAAGGCCACUGACGACUCGCCAACCCCUUUGACCCCGCCUAGAGAUGAUGUCACCAAGUUACAGCAGAGGACUCGCCAACUGGAGGCCAGGAGAGGCCGCAUCACCGCCAAGAAAGCCUACCUCAAAAACAAGAAGGAAAUCUGCAUCAUUAAUCACAAACAGAAAAUACAGCAGCGGCAGAGCGGCACAGGCUGUGUUUCCCAGCAGGCUCUGCGGCAGGAUGAAGAGGAGGAGGAAGAGCAGCGCAUCUCUCGAUUCAGUCAGGAGAGACAGAGAACUCUAGAUCGACUGCGCAGCUUCAAACAGCGUUACCCAGGUCAGGUGACUCUGAAAUCCACACGUCUGCGAUUGGCGUACUCCAGAAACAAAACCGGUCUGACCCAAACCACCGCGAGACUGGAGCCACCACAGACGCAGGCCACUAGCGUGCAGACGGAAGAUGCUCCAGCACCUCUAGAACAUUCCGCAGGAGUCCCGGAGCUGUGCAGGCCUGACAGUUUCCUGUCUCUGCCCACAAUGGGCACGGUCGUCGCCGAGGUCACCCCUCCGGCCGCUGCGCACGCAUCACUUCCUCCUGCCCGAGAGCUCCUGCUGCUGGACUCCUCCACUUCGCCCAUCUCCCCUCCUCCUCCACCCCCACCACCUCCUCCACCUCCUCCACCCCCUCCCUCUCUAGAGGAGAUGCCCGCAGACGGGCAGUGCCAGUCAAGCAGCCCCCUGCAGCAGCCCACAGCUGACAGUCCGCUCGCCCCGUUCUCCGCCCGGUUCUUCGACAGCAGUCAGCUGGUGAAUGCCAGGAAGAAGCUGAGGAAGACCUCGUCACUGGAGUCUAACCAGUGGAGGAGAGCGAGCUCUCCGAUGGACGAGGUUUUAGCCAGUCUGAAGCGCGGCAGUUUCCACCUGCGGAAGGCCGAGCUGCGCGUGCUGGCUCCCGAUCCGGACGAGGAUGACGGGAAUAAUAUUCUGGCUCAGAUCAGGAAGGGCGUGAAGCUGCGUAAAGUGCGGCGGCAGGAGAGCGGCGUGAAGGGAAUGAUGCACGAUUCCACCGACCCGCUGACACGCAGCAUUCACGAGGCACUGAGACGCAUUAAAGAGGCUUCGCCCGAAUCAGACUCUGAGGACGAGACACUGCCCUGCACAGACUGGGAGAGCUGAACCACUGCUGACACACACACACACACACACACACCACACACACACACACACACACACACACUGAUCCAGUCAAACUCAACAGUGUGUUCUGUGACAAACAUGAUCUGCUCUUGUAUUAUGUCAAUAUGAAGAUCAGAACAUCAGAGAGUGUGUGUGUGUGUGUGUGUGUGUGUGUGUGUGUGUGUGUGUGUGUGUGUGUUUACCUCACAAAACAUCCCAACAGCUGAACUAGUACACAACAGAUUACACUUUCACCUGUCUCUCUCUCUCUCCAGCUCUCUGUCUGUCUGUCUCUCUUAAUGAAACAAACAUUCACAACAAGCAUUCCUCUCUGAAUAUGUCGAGUGUGUUAUUCCAGUUAUUGGUCAUGAAUUCCAUUUAUUUGUGUCUUUAUAUGUGAUAGCAAAAUAGUGUUUUUUGAAUUAGUCGAGAGUUUUGUUUUAGUAAAAGCUGGUGAUAUCGGUCAGUAAUCAGUCUGUGUGGCACUCAGCUGGUAAGAAUGAGUGGCAUGACAGAAUGAAACCAGUCAAGAACAUGUCUAGGCCAUAUUUCAUCCCCAAAUCUGUGUUGUACUUACAGAAAACAAAGCCAUUAAGAUUUGUAUUAUUUAAGCACAUUUCCCCCAAAUUCUCUUUACUUUUAUGUGAAUUGAAAAGUAACUUAUUUAUACAUCAUGGUAGUUAUUCUGCCUUUCAUUUGUGUGGAUUUUCACCGUAUAGACACAAGACAUAAACAACAUGAUUUUACUGUGAUAAAAUCACUUACUAACCACAUCUGUGUAAAGUUAUACCGGGAUUACAGGGUUUUGUCGUCACACAGUUAAAAAUGUUGGAUAUAACUCUUCAUGGCCUUAAAAACAGGCAUCAUUUUCAUUGUGCAAAAUAUACAUUAUUUCUUUGUUGAUUUUGGGGUGAAAUAUGAGCUGCUGAUGUUUUCAUGAGAUUCUCACUGCAGUAACACGUGUGUCACCAUAACACAGUGUUUUACUACAAUCAUUGUCUUGAUUUUAAGGGUCUCUAGUUUUAUCUACUUGUAGCGUAUCUUUGUUUAGUUGCUGUCACUUCUGUUUGAUUUGAAUUCAUUCACGUUAUUUGUGAUUAAGUUUUUGUUUUUAAAGGUUGUGUAUUUUCUUCUAUUUUCAUGUCCAUGAACCAGUGGACACCUGUGUUUGACAUCAGCUCAUACAGCACUGAAACAGCUGUAAGAUCUUCUGAGAGCUGAUAGGUCAGUCUGUCACUCAUGUUCACGUGCCUUUUGCACUCGUUAUGUCAAUAAGGCCACAGUGAGUGUGAUGCGACGUGUCAAACUGCUCUAAAAACUGAAUACUGAUGUGUAGCGUGACUGUGGUUACGCACAGCUUGUACUGUCUGGUGUCGGUGGACGCACCCUCAACACUGUUCUGAUAAAUCUGAUCUCAGAUCAGCAGAAGGGAAUUUGACAUGUUUUUCAUCAUGUGUACUGUAUUUAGCUCUUGAUAUGAGUUUUGUCUUUUAAUCAUAUUAAUUGUUCUAUGCAUUCUUAUUUCAAUCAAACCUUUGUUUUAAUUAGUUUUUGCAGCUGCAUUGAAACAACACUACAGUUCUUAAUUAUUCCGCUCUACUAAACUCCUUAAAACUGUUAAAGAUGCCAAUAUGUGACUGGAGAAGACCCAAAAACUAGAUAUGUGCAAUAUUAUAUUAGAAACUGAUAUUUUUCCUGUUUAUUAUAUUUAAAAAAAAAAUUAAAAAAAAAAACAGCAAAUCCAUCAGCAUGUUUGCCUAAAGGACAUGUAUUUAUUGACUUAAAAUAAAUAUUUAAAAAUGUAAAGCAAUAUCAUACAAAUGUAAAAUGACUUUUUUGAAACUCCAAUUUUGCUUUUACUCUGCUUUUCCAGCCAUUGUACUUAUUUUACAUUUGCAUUUUCCCCUUACGUAAAUAAAAUAUAAAAAGAAA